ACAGAUGCAGAUGCAGAUACAUUGUUGUUGUUGCUGUCGAAUUGGCACGAGACCAGCGAGGCGACAAUCACGCGGCUCAUGUGUCACGUGACACGCUGACAGAUGCAGCUGCAUCUAUAACUGCAUCCAUAUCUGUAUCUGCAUCUGUAUCUGCAUCUGUAUCUGCAUCUGUAUCUAUGGCUGCAAUUGCAUUGGUGCUCGUGGCUCUCGCUGCAGCUGCCUUUGUGGGUGUACUCAUAGCCCAUUCAUGAGACACUCACACACACACAGAGUGCACUUUUAUGUGUGUGUGUGUGUGUGUGUUUGUGUGUGCUUUAUCUGGCAAAGCUGUAAAUAUUCGCGAGAUUUACAACGCCAGCAACGACUCCGGACUCCGAUUCGCACUCGGACUGGGUCUGGGACUGGGACUCGUACUCGUACUCGGCCGCGUAUCUUUUCGCCUGAAUCGGCAUCGAGUGUUUUGUUAGCUGGCAUCGCAGCAGCGCAUCGAGCCCGUCGAGGCUGUGGCAGAGGCAUUCGACAGACGCACGACAACUCGGCUCGGCCAUAACGCAUCCGCAUUAACGCAAUCGCCACAGCUAAUCCAGCCCGGCUCGGUACACACACACACACACACACACAGACACACAGAUAUACACAGAUCUAUAUUGAAGAUACGCGACAUUUAAUAUAAAUACAAAAGCAAAGCCAAAGUCAAGAGUUCGCGCUGUGCUGCUACCCAUUGUUGCCACUUCGCCUGUCAACGUAACUCACAAUUGAAUUGUUCCUUUGUCUACUCCAGCACCGCCCUUUCCUGCACCUCCGCCGUCUCCACCUUCAGCUCGGCUUCAGCAGCCGCUUCCGAUUUCGUUUGCAGCUCGCAUAAUUGGCAUACGCUCGAGGUCAGCUCCAAUUCCAACUCCAACUCCAACUCCGACUCCAACUUCGACUUCAACAUCAACGUCAACGCCGCCGUUUGUUGUUAGCCGCCAGCGCGGGCAGGCAACCUUCUGGGUACAUCCCGUGCUUGGGCACCCGAUUGCCCCAUCUAACAUAAAUAUCAUCGCAGCUCGAGAUGCUGGUGCCGCCGGAUAUGAUGGCCGCCCAGACGCGCAUGAUUUACCAGCUGAAUCGCUUCUGCGCCGAGCGCGUCCAAGCGCGCAUCUUCAAGACGGCGACGGCCAUCCGUGAGAUCUGCAAGAUUGUCCAGGACAUACUCAAGGAGGUGGAGCUGCAGGAGCCCCGCUUCAUAUCCAGCCUGGUCGAGUGCAAUGGCAGAUUCGAGGGCGUCGAGGUGAUCUCACCGAAUGAGUUCGAGAUCGUGCUCUACCUCAACCAGAUGGGCGUCUUCAACUUUGUGGACGACGGCACUCUGCCCGGCUGUGCGGUGCUGAAGCUGAGCGACGGACGCAAACGCUCCAUGUCACUGUGGGUGGAGUUCAUCACAGCGUCCGGCUAUCUGUCGUCGCGGAAGAUACGCGCACGGUUCCAGACGCUGGUGGCGCAGGCGUGCGAUAAGAGCAUCUACCGGGACAUGGUCAAGAUGAUGGGCGAUACGACAGAGGUGAAGCUGCGCAUCCGGGAACGUUUCGUGGUGCAAAUAACGCCGGCUUUCAAGUGCUCCGGCAUCUGGCCGAGAUCGGCGGCCCAUUGGCCCAUGCCGCACAUACCCUGGCCGCAUCCCAACAUCGUGGCCGAAGUGAAGACGGAGGGGUUCGAUCUGCUCUCCAAGGAGAGCAUCGUCAUGCAGAACAAGAACAACAAUGCGGCCAGCAUGGAGGGCGAUGCCUGGGUGCUCAGCUUUUUCGAGGCCGAGAAUCGCCUGCUGCAAGGUGGCUGCCGUCGUCGCUGCUUGAGCAUACUGAAGACGCUGCGUGACCGGCACUUGGAGCUGCCCGGCAAUCCGAUCAGCGCCUAUCAUCUGAAGAAUCUGCUGCUCUACGAGUGCGAGAAGCAUCCGCGUGACUUUGAGUGGGACGAGGGCUGCAUUGCGGACCGUUUGAAUGGGAUAUUCCUGCAGCUAAUCUCCUGCCUGCAGUACCGUCGCUGUCCGCACUACUUUCUGCCCAGCCUCGAUAUGUUCAAGGGCAAAUCCCCCAGCGCCCUGGAGCAGGCCGCCAAGCAGGUCUGGCGUUUGACUCGUGAGAUGCUCACCAAUGCGAAUGCCUUUGAGAAGUUGUAAGCGCAAACGUGAGAAAGAGAGGAGAGAGAGAGAGAGAGAGAGAGAGAGAGCGUGCAAUUGUAUGUAUGUGUGUGAUCGUAUGUGUGUGUAUGAUUCAAGGUGCUAAAUUUUCAUUGUCACAGCGCAGCGAUUGCGCUGAUCUGAUAAGCGAAAUGCCAACACUGGCAGCCAUUUUGUGCCAUGCGUGUGCCUCCUUGUAUGUGUGUGAAAAUGUGCGCAUAGCUGCAAAAACAACAACAAUAGCAGGCGGCGAAACCCGAAGUGUUAAUGCAAAGAUGCGAGAUAAGCCGCACAUUGCCCACUCCUCAAUCCAAAUUCGCUGCCUCUGCCGCUGCCGCUGCCGCUGCUGCUGCUGCUGCUGUCAUUCCCGUUGCACGCCUGACUGCGCUUAGCCGGCGAAUAUUGUUUUUAAUAACUCGCCGCUGUUCGCAUGCUUCGCCCAAUGGCCAAACACAAUGGCAGCAACAACAACUGCAGCGAAACAACAAAGCAAGACAAAACGUAACACAAACAGUUACACCAACAACAACAACAACAGCAGCAGCAGCAGCAGCAAGAGUGAAAAGGAGAUACAACAACGAAACAUAAAAAAAAGAGCAUUUGUCGGCUUCGCUUUGCAAGUGAGCUCAAGUGUGAGGCGAAUCCGUUCUCAUUAUCGAAAUUGAGUGCUCACUCUCUUAAGUACUCGAAAUACCAAUACAUGCAAGACAGCUGUAUGCGAACAAAAAGCAGAAACAACAACUACGACAAACGAAUACUUCAAUUACACGUAUGUACAUAUACAUAUACAAAGUAUUGCCAUGUAUUUACUCCGGAUUUAGAUGUCAAGAUAUUUGUUGGACUUAAAAAACAAACCAAAAUUUUUUGGACAAUACACAUACUAUAUACAUAGAUA